CCUCACACUGGCCUUCGCGCACGACCACCACCUGCAAGCAUGUCCAGCAAGCAGAUCAUCUACCGCUCGCGCACGCCGGCACCCAAGCUGCCGCAGCAGUCUGUAUGGAGCUUCCUCUUUGACGACGUCGCCUUCGACGAUGCGCGCCUGGCGUACGCCGAGUGCCAGGGCCAGGAGCGGCGGAUAACCUUCGGCGAGCUCAAAAGUGCCGCGCAACGUCUCGGCGCCAGUCUGCUGCGCAGCGGGCUGCGGCCCGACGAUGCGGUGCUGCUGCUCCUGCCCAACGGCAUCGACUUCAUCGUCACGCUCUUCGCGACGCAGUUUGCAGGCCUGCGUGCCUCCUUCAUCAAUCCAGCCUAUACGCGCCUCGAGCUGCGGCACAUCUGGAAGACGCUGGGUGCCAAGCGCAUCUUCGUCACGAGCCGCCUGCUGCCGAACCUGACCAAGGCGGGCUUGCCGUGGGACAAGGCCAUCGUACUUGAUGUCGAUGCAGGCAAUGCUACCACCUUCGUCGGACGUCUCCUCAUCUCGCUCGAAGACUCUCGGCGGGCAGAAGCACACCAGCCCGCGAGCCUGGAGCAAACCUGCUACCUGCCCUGGAGUUCCGGUACCACAGGCCUGCCCAAGGCCGUCGAGCUCUCGCAUCGCAACGUCGUCUCCAUGCUCUUGGCGCUGCAGGCCAUUCCAGACUUGUACGACGGGCCCAAGCGCACCCUUGGCUGCCUGCCUUUCUUCCAUGCCGUCGGACUCAUCAAGCUCGUACAUCUGCCACUAGCGAUGCGAGGCACGCUGUACAUCCUCACUCCCUUUCGCCCCGACGCGUUCUGCGAUGUGGUGCGCAAAUACCAGAUUCAAGGCACGCAAGCAGUGCCACCCAUCAUUGUCUCGUUGCUCUCGAGCGCCAAGGGCACGCAGGAGUAUCUCGGGUCCUUGGAGCACAUCGCCUGCGGCGCAGCGCCCCUCUCCGAAGAGCUGCAGUCGCGCGCAGAGAAGCGCUUCGGCGUGCCGAUCCUGCAGAGCUUUGGCAUGAGCGAGACGACUGUCAGUGCCGUCGGCAUGAAUCACGGCAUGAAGUCGGGCUCGGUAGGCUGGCUUCUUCCUGGUCUCGAAGCGAGGCUGCUCAAUGAUGAUGACGUUGAUGCGGCGCCCGGGGAGCGGGGAGAGCUGCUCCUCCGAGGCCCAAACAUCACAAAGGGCUACUUUCGCAACGCCGAGGCCACGCGCGGCGCAAAGACGCACGACGGAUGGCUGCGCACGGGCGACGUGGCGGUGGUGGAUGAGAGCGGGCAGUUUACCAUCGUGGACCGCAAAAAGGAGCUGAUCAAGUACAAGGGCUUCCAAGUGCCGCCCGCCGAGCUGGAGGGCAUUCUCCUGCAGCAUCCCUCCGUCGCCGUGGCGGCCGUCGUGGGCAUCUACGACGCUGCGCAAGCGACGGAACUGCCGCGCGCCUACGUGCAGCUGCACGCCGGCGUCGCGCCGAGCGCGGAGCUGCCGCGCGAACUGCAGGAGUGGGUCAAGGAGCGCACGAGUGCGCAGAAGAGGCUGAGAGGAGGAGUCAGGGUGUUGGAACAUGUGCCGGUCAGCGCCAGUGGCAAAGUGCUGAGGAAGGAGAUGAGAGCAUUGGCGAAGCGGGAACAGGAGGCGCUGGAGGGACAGCCGAAGGCGCGGCUGUGAGGCGCGAGGGAAUUGCAUGGCAUCCGCUGC